AUGGCAAUCGACAACAGCGGUCACAAUCCUUCUGCUCUUCCUCCAAUUCCACCCCCGGUGGAAGCCAACCAUGGAAGAAGCAACGUCGCUAGGGAUGUUCAUAAAUCGCUGCUUGUUCCAGUUUCAGCUGCCAAAGUGCAUAAUCAGAAGCCUGCACCCCGGGACCAAGCAAGUCGAUUCUGUCGCAACUGUCGUAAGCCAGGACAUUGUUUCAGUGAUUGUCCUCUUCCAAGAGCAGCAAAGGCAGUUCGUCGUGAUCCACAAGUUACCAGCACUGCCCACGACCCCAAUCGACACCUGAAUGUGCAACCUCCGCCUCAACGGAUCAUCGUCAAGGGCACCCACCUCCACCUCCGCCUCCUCUGGUCGGCGCCGCCCCGAUCUCCUCCUCGCCGCGCCGACCAUCUUCCCCGUCCAACCGGCGCCGCCCCGACGACCUCCGCCGUCGCCGCACAGGCCAUUCCCCAUCCGCCGUCACCUCAGGCCGCGCCAUCGCGAUCGGUCAACGGCCAGGCCGCGGCGCCAAGCGCCGAGCGCCGCCGUGUGGAGCGCCGCCUCCUCGCGUGGCCGCCUCCACGCGCGCCGCCUCUGCGACCAUCCAGCGGCCAGCACCUCCACCUCCGCCUCCUCUGGUCGGCGCCGCCCCGAUCUCCUCCUCGCCGCGCCGACCAUCUUCCCCGUCCAACCGGCGCCGCCCCGACGACCUCCGUCGUCGCCGCACAGGCCAUUCCCCAUCCGCCGUCACCUCAGGCCGCGCCAUCGCGAUCGGUCACCGGCCAGGCCGCGGCGCCAAGCGCCGAGCGCCGCCGUGUCGCCUCCUGCCGCGCCGCUGGUGCCCCGGCCCUCUUCCUUCCCCGACGCCGCCGGGCCAUCUCCAGGCUGCCGUCGCACGGGCCGGCACCCAGUCACCGCGCCGUCGCCGACCCUCGCCCCGGCCUCCCUUUCCCCACCGGCGCCGCUCCCUUUCUCCUUUCUCCUUCCCCCACCGCCGCCCAGCACCAGGCCCCCGUCGCCGGCACUCCUCUUCUCUCGGGCACGCGUGAGGAAACCGAGGCAGAGAAGGAAUCGAGAGAGAGAUGCGAGGAGAAGAAAGCGAGAAACAGAUCAGGUUAAGAGAGAGAGGAAAUAAAAGGAAAGGAAAAGAAAGGGACAGUGGGACCCACUAGGGCUCCACCAUCUUGACUCCUCUCUCUGACCUCCUUUGACCUGGAAACUACCAAAAAGUCUAGCUUGCAUACCUCUGUCUUCCUCGGGACAGAGCCCACUUUCAGCCCCUUUAUCCACCAAAGUCCAUAUUACAUCUCUCCAGAACCCAAGUUCCUCUCUGAAAGUCUGUAUUUUCUCCCUCCUCCAAACUUCGGGCAGUAGCCCAUCAGUAGUCUUCAUCUCCACCCAAGUCCAAUAUAUCUCCUCCAAUCUAGAGGAUCACCUUGGGUUUAUUUCUUCCGAAAAUAAAAGGAAUCCUAUUUUGGGUAUCCUUUUCCUCGAUUUAUAAAUCAUCUAAUCUUCGAGAAUUCAUAUCUUGCAAACCGUGACUCCGAUUGAUUCCAUUCAACUUCCGAAACUCUUCUAAAAUCGAGAUCUAUCCAAUGACACUGCUGGUUUGAAUUGAUUGGUACUUUAUUUGGAGGUUGUUAUAUGGUUUUCUCGUGCUAACCACGUAUCGAGUAUUCCGGAUAUUCGUCGAUCGUGGAUUUCUCGAAGAUA